AUGCAGCGAAGUGCUAGUGUAAGACAACCUCAAAGUCAAGCAGUAAACACUUCAUCACCUUCAUCAAGAGGAAGAAGCAGCUCUAAUAUUUCAACAUCAUCAUCAAAAUAUGAGGACAAAUUAGCUGCUGAGGAGGAUAUUUUAAAUUCCGUUUCCAAUAUUUAUUUUCAAGAUGUACAACAGGACGAAUCUGGGAAAGGGGUUGACCUUGUGGAGUUAAUUUUAUCACAACCAACUGUGGAUUUAACUGAUGAAGCAUCUAUCCUCACAGAGUUAAAUAAAUAUGAAAAAGUCUUGGGGGUUGUAAAUAACAGACUUGGUAAAACUGUGAUGAAUAACUAUAAUUCAUUUGUUGACGGAAUGACAAAUGUGCAAGAAGUUGGAGCCGAUUUAACAAUGACUUCACUCAUGUGUAGAAAUGGUAGAAAAAGAAUUAAAAAGGCCCAAGAAGAUUUGAAUGUGGAACACUAUUUACAAAAAAUCAAAGAGGUUGUAGAUUCUGACAAGGAAAUGAAUCAAUUAUUGGAGGAUGGAAAUUUCCCUGCUGCUAUAAAACUAAUGAUCGAUCACAGACAAUCUGUUUUGAGUAUGAAUCAAUUUUGUUGCAUUCAACAAUUGGAUAGAAAUAUUAAAAAUGUUUAUCAAAGGAUGGAGGCUAAAAUGAAGGAAGCUCUUCUCUCUUUGUGUGCCUCUUUUGAUAAUCUUUCAUAUGAGAGAAUUUUAGUAGCAUCAAAAGAGUUAUCGUUGGGUGAAAUAUCAUCAGAUAUUACAAAGAAUUAUACUGAUGCUGUUGACCAAUUACUAAAAGAGGUUGUCCUUUCUUUUGCCAUGCAAAAUCCAAAAGUUCAAAAUAUUGAAAGUCUUGUCAAAAUGGAUUAUCAAAAUCUCUGUAAGAAAAUUCACUUUGAUCAUGUACUAUCCUCACUUUUCAGAUCAUUGAGUACAGUCAGUGAUAUAAUGUAUAAUUACUAUCAAAUGUAUGCUUGGCACUUGCAAGAAAAAGAGCACUUGAAGGAUUAUGAUUUUAAAGUAACAAAAACAAAUCUUGACCAGUUCAGAAAAAUACUUUGGGAAAACAUUCAAAAAAAGAUUUCUGUAUUUUUAGAAUCUUGUGAUCUUUCCCAUUUCAAAAUUGACAAGUUUUUACAAGUCUUUCACUCUGUUAAUAUGCUUUGUCAAUUGGGUGAAGAGUUCAGUCAAAGCAAUUGCUUUAGACUUCAACGAGCCAUUAAUGCAAAAAGUAAUUCCUACUUUACUCAUUAUCACAAAGAUAUUUUGGAAAAUAUUAAAACAAUGGUAGAGAAUGAGAAUUGGCAACAAUUGGACUCUGUUAUUUUUAAUAUGAAUGAUAUUCCAGAGUUUAGGUCCAAAUCAAACAAUGCCCUUGAUAAUUUAGGAAAUGUCUACGAGGAAUAUUCUAAGAAAGUAAGACAAUUUUUAAAGUCAAAUGAUCGUGAUAGUAACCCUUUCAAAGUUGCUUUUGAUAAGGGAUCAUUCUUAAUGACACUUGGCAAUGACCAAGAAGAGGAGAAAGUUGAUGAUUAUUCUUCAUCCUCCUCAUCAUCAUCUGAGGAAGAAGAUGAAGAAUAUGUAAAUAAGAAAAAACAAAAAAAGAAGAAAAAGAAGGAUUUGGAAGUCUAUACAAAUGUUUCCUUGACAAUGUUAAAGAGAAUGGGUGUUUAUAUUCAGGCUAUGGAGGUGCUGCAACCAAUAUGUCUCGAUGUAUUCUCUUCAUUCACUACAUUGUUCAAGUUUUAUUUAUACAUUGUUCAUGCUUUAUUUGCAAACAUUUCACCAAAUACUGUCAGUUCAACAGUUAUUAAUCUUGAUGAAGAUUUUAAUUAUCCUGAAAAUGACACUCGAGUUUCAGAAUCUCUUCAAAAAACGUUCAAAAACAUUCGAGAAGAAUUAAACAAGUGUGCCAAAGACAAUAAUAAUGGUGAACCAUUCUUUAAAAUACCAAAAGUAUCACAAAUGAUCAACAUUAGGCAACCACCAUUGUUUGGAUUGUAUGAGAGAUCAAUUGCUGCUGAGAGUUUGACCUUCCUCUAUAAUGCCGUAGAAAAAAUCAUUGAAAAGAGAAUGGAAGAAUUAAUACCAAAGAACAAGAGAUCCAAUGCUAGCCAAUUUUUGAAAUCAAUGAAAUCAGCCACGGAAGAAGUGAAAGAUUGCAUUUAUGGAAGAACAGUUAAAUAUUUACUCUUUGAUUUCCCUUAUAUGGAAAAGUAUCCUGACAAGAUUGCCAACUGCAAGUAUCACAUUCAAGUAAUGGGAGAUCAAUGCAACAAGUUUGUUUUUGAACUAAGAGAUGAUAUUAAGAAAUUCUUCUCUAUCAAAUUACAAACAAUUGAUGAUAGAUUACCAGAAAACUCUAUCAAUUGCUUGUGGGAUCUAGCUGUUAAAUAUGUGAUUGAUGUUUUGGUUGAAGGUUUCUCUCGAGUUAAGAAAUGUAAUAAUGAAGGUAGAGUCCUCAUGCAACUCGAUCUUCAAACAUUUACAACAGAACUUCAAAGAAUGGUUCCAAGCUCUCUAAUUGAGAAAAAUAAGGGUUCUGUUCCUCAUGUAGCCAUAGCUCGAAGCUACAUUCAGGCCUACUAUGAGCAAAAUGAGAGCGAUCUUUUGGAAUGGGUAAAAAAGAAUGUACAUCACUUUACUGUAAAACAAAUGGCUGCAAUUGCCACUUUAAACUUUGGGGCUAAUUUGAAAAAGAAUGAACUGAAACAAUUGACCUCCCAAGUGGAGCAAUUGGCAACAUCUUUGAAAAUGCAAAAAGAACACAUUCACUUGAUGGAAAAUUCUACAGAUGAAAAUACAUCCCAACAUGAAACCCAUGCCACAUCUGCAGUAAAGGAAGAGUCUGGAUUCUCAUCCAUGAUUAGAUCAGGAUCAUUUGCCUCCACUAAAGAGUUACUUUCCUCACUCACAAGAAGUGGCAGCUCAACAACAAUAGCCAAAGACUCACAACCAAGAAUAAGCACCGAAUCCAAUAACUCCUCCACUACAAUAUCUUCAUCAACAACAGCAAAUAACCUCUCCACUCCAGCAACCUCCAAUACAUCAAGAACAAGCAUUGAUUCCCAAUCAAGACCAAGUUUUGAAUCCCCACACAAACAAAGUAUAACAUCUGCUACAACUGAUAAGAUGAAAAAUUUAUUCCAAGGUGGUAUGAGUUAUUUGAAGAGGGCACCCACAGCAACUAAUAGUAAUCCAACCCCUACUACAAACAAUACUAAUAAAUAA